UUCAUUCUUUGCAUUAUGAAGGGAGGGAUGAUCUUCUGCUCUGUGUUAGAUGAAUUGGAGAAUGCAAAACAGUUUAUACUCUCGUAGAUCUUCGGUGAAUCUGUUUCUGUAGGUGGAUAAGUUUGAUUCCAUUUUCUCAGUCGUACUUCUAAGAAGAAGUUGAAGAGGAAUUGGAGUUGUAGGGACGGAAGGGUCCCAAUUUAGUUUGAAGGAAAGGGAAUUUCAGACACUAGAUCUGCUUCUGUGGAACGCAAGGGAGAUUUCUGAGUAUUGAAGUAGCUAAAGAGUUCUUUAACUAUGGUCGACCAGGAUAGUAGCGGAGGCACAUGUACCCAUGCUGGUAACAUCCAUGGCAAUCCUGUUUGUUUGGAUGUUGGCUCACGAUCUGUAACUGGAGUCCAACUGACGGAGAUGUAUCCCUCUGGAGAUGAAUAUGCACCCAAGGUGAGAAAACCUUACACAAUCACAAAACAACGAGAAAGAUGGACAGAGGAGGAGCAUAAGAAGUUCCUGGAAGCCUUAAAGUUGUAUGGUCGUGCUUGGCGUCGGAUUGAAGAACAUGUGGGCACAAAGACUGCUGUUCAGAUUCGAAGCCAUGCUCAGAAGUUUUUCUCUAAGGUGGUCCGGGAGUCAAAUGGCAGCAAUGCAAGCACUGUGAAGCCACUUGAGAUCCCUCCUCCCCGGCCAAAACGGAAACCAAUGCACCCUUAUCCCCGUAAACGAGUUGUUUCAGUCAAGAAGGGGAAGUCAGUUCCAGAGCAACAAGAAAGGUCCCCAUCCCCAAAUUUAUCAGUUUCAGAACAAGCAAACCAAUCUCCAACAUCAGUCUUGUCUGCAUUUGGGUCAGAUACAGGAGGGUCGUCAGCUUCAAGUUCACCGGGUGGUAGUCGUUCACCAGUUUCAUCCGCUGCUGGUGCUAAUACUAUCAAUUUGUUACUUACUGAACAAGGGAAUGGACUCGUAUCAUCCACUUCAUUGGCAGAAGCUGAAAAUGGAUCUUCUCCAUCUAUCCUGGUUGCUGCUGCUCCAAUUCUACAAGACCAAUCUUCCAUGAGCCAGAAGAAUGUUGACUUGGGACCCAAAGAAAGUACAUGUGCCAAAGAAGAUUCAACCUCAGAGGCACCCACAAUGAGUCUUAAGCUGUUUGGAAUAACUGUGUUAGUUACCGAUUCCCACAAGCCAGGUUCUUCAAAUGUUGAAACUCGCAAGUCAUUGCCCUCCGAAAACUGUCAGGAGAACCUUGACAGCAAUGAGGAAAAGCCUGUGCAGACGUCACAGUUGAAUGCAAUGCAGACAGAACUUUCCUUGGAGACAAACAAGAACCUUCGGAUUCCUUGGGCCUGUGGAACUCUACCAGUGUUCUACCAUAUGCAAUUGCAGAAAGAAAGCCUGCACCCAGUAGAAGCCGCUUCUGCUGCUGCACUGCCUCGGUGGUCAUCAUAUGGAGAUCUACCAUUCCCUUUUCUUCUUCUCCAGAAUCCAAACUCAAUUCAUACACCACCACAUACCUGUCUGGAAGGAGAUUCAGAAGACAAGAAUAUUCACAAAGAAGGAUCUUGGACUGGUUCAAACACAGCAUCGGUGAAUGAUGUUGGUUUAGGGGACAGGAAUGGGGAUGUUGUCGAUUCCCAAAGUAGAGAAAAAGAGCUGGGCAUGUUUUUCCGGUUGAAACCGAGUGAAACAUCAGCCUUCCCUGAGCCAAAAGGUAGCCCCAGUAAGUGCACAAAGGGGUUUGUACCGUUUAAAAGAUGUAUAGCAGAAAGAGAUGCCCACUCGGCAAUAUCAAUUGGGGAAGAACGGGAGGGACAGAAAAUCCGGCUAUGCUUGUAGCCAUCCAGUCGGAUAAUCUCCCAGUAACCCACAUUUCCCUUUAUUUUUUUUUUUUUUGCAGAGAUGUUUGUUCUUUUAACAAUUCGGGAGCUGAUUCAGGCAGGUGUUAACCAUGAUCUGGGGUGGUGUCAGCAGUUGGAUAAAGUGAGAAAUGAGAUGGAUAGGAAGGCCCAAGCAUCCAUCUCUGCACCCUUAUAAAAUAGUUGUUCUAUUCAUUUCCCUUCAACUGUUCAAAGAUCUUUCCUUCCAUAGAGUCCCUUCCUCUAAAUGUGCAAAUCUUCUUCCUUAAUUCUUA